AUGUCUUUCCCUCGUAUCCCCCCCUCUGGCGUCUGGGUUCCCGCCGUGACAGCCUUCAACCACGAAACCGACACUCUCGACGUCGAAGCCCACAAGAAAUACUGUCUCUACCUCUCCAAAUGCCUCACCGGCCUCGUCAUCCUAGGCACCAACGCCGAAGCCUUCCUCCUCACCCGCGAAGAACGCGCCCAAGCCAUCAGCGCCGCCCGUGAAGCCGUCGGCCCCAACUACCCCAUCAUGGCCGGCGUGGGCGCCCACUCCACCAAGCAAGUCCUGGAACUCGCCAACGACGCAGCCCAGGCCGGCGCAAAUUACCUCCUCGUCCUGCCACCCGCAUACUUUGGCAAAGCCACCACCCCAGCAACUGUGAAGCGCUUCUUCGCCGAUGUAGCCGCCAAAGCACCCCUCCCCGUCGUGGUGUACAACUUCCCCGGCGUGACGAACGGAGUGGAUAUCGACUCGGAUACCAUCACCGAGAUCGUGCGGGCCUCGGCGGCGGCCAGUCCGAAUGGCGUCAGUAACGUGGUUGGGGUGAAACUCACCUGUGCGCAGGUCGGGAAGAUCACCCGAUUGACGGCGGCGUUUGGCCCAGACGAGUUUGCUGUUUUUGGUGGGCAGUCGGAUUUCCUCCUCGGAGGGUUAUCCGUGGGGUCGGCGGGGUGCAUUGCGGCGUUUGCCAAUGUCGUGCCCAAGACGAUCAUGCAGAUUUACCGAUUGUACAAGGCGGGACAGGUGGAGGAGGCGUUGGCGCUGCAUCGCAAGGCGGCGCUGGCGGAGAGCCCGUGCAAGAGUGGGAUUGCAUCGACCAAGUAUGCAGCGGCUGUUUUUGCGGCCUCGAGGGCUGGAGUGGAGAAUGCAGAGGAGAAAUUCAAGCCGCGGACUCCGUAUGAAGGGCCCGGUGAUGCGGUCAAGGAGAAUGUGAGGAAGGUCAUUGCCGAAGUGGGUGCGAUUGAAGAUACUCUAUAG